CAUAAAUAUAAUCUCGGUAUAAUUUAUUUUCAAAGGUUAAUAAUGUGUUAGACUGACUGAGACCUCUGUAGGCGGCGGCGGCAACACAGAGGUAAACAACUGACGAUGUUUUCACUACUGACCAAACGUGAAAAUGCCCAUUCAGAAGGCAUUUGGGCAUGUGCUUGGGGUCAUUUUAUCCCAGAAGAAAAGUCCAAAAAAAAUUCAAAUGAAGAUAAUGAGAAGGAGAAUGGUGAAGAGAAUAAAGAAAACCAAGGGACUCAGAAUGAGGAGGACCAAAACUUACCUGAUUCAGAACAAAAGUAUAUUGUCACCGGUGGGCUCGAUGAUAUGGUUCGAGUGUGGCGCUGGAUGGCGGACGGCGUUGAAGGGGAACUAACGCCUCUGCACACACUUGAAGGUCAUUCGCUUGGAGUCAUAUCAGUUGAUGUUAAUGCUGCUGGAACUAUAGCGGCUUCUUCAUCCCUAGACUCAACCAUUCGAUUGUGGAAUCUCCAUUCUGGUGAACAGCUGCAUACAAUUGACUGCGGGCCAGUUGAAGCUUGGUCUGUUGUGUUCUCACCAGAGGGUAAUCUCAUAGCUUCAGGCAAUCAUGCUGGUAAGAUAAAUGUUUAUGCAGUGGAUGGUGGGCGGCACGUGACAACGCUAGACACCAGAGGACGCUUUACUUACUCAAUUGCAUAUAGUCGUGAUGGAAAGUAUGUUGCGAGUGGAGCAAUCGACGGUUUCAUCAAUGUUUUUGACGUAGAGAGUGGCAAGUUGGUACACACAUUAGAAGGUCAUGCCAUGACCAUCCGCUCCAUCACAUUCUCACCUGAUUCUCAGCUUCUCCUCACAGCUGCUGAUGAUGGACAUAUGAAGAUGUAUGAUAUUAAGAGCAGCAACUUGGCCUGUACACUCUCAGGCCAUGGAUCUUGGGUAUUGAGCGUGGACUUCGCUCCUGACCAGCAGCACUUUGUAUCCUCAUCGUCCGACCAUACUGUUAAGAUUUGGGACUUUGCUCAGCGGAACUGUGUACACACCUUCAAGGAUCAUCAUGACCAGGUUUGGUGUGCGAAGUAUAGUCGAGAUAGUAGUAAAAUUGUAAGUGCAUCAGAAGAUAAAAGUGUUAUUGUUUUUAACUCUCCUGUGUGAAAACUUGGCAUGUGUACUCAAUGCCUUAUAAUGGUUAUUGAUUUCAAAGUUAUAAAUUUUAAUGCAAUAUAUUAAGAACAAUAUACAAACUUAUAACCACUUUGGAAUCAAUUUAAUUUUGAGGCUUAUUUAAACGUUUAAUUUGUAACUUUAAAAGGUUUUGUCUGCUUUGUGUAGCAGAUUUACAUAAUAUAUAAUAUACAGUACUUUUGAUUUCCAUUGCAUAUUUUUUGUAUUAAAGGAUUGCUCUGC